AGUGAUUGUGUUGUUGAGGUUGGGUUCGUAAGGGUGUUCUUUGAAUUGUUUCUUAUUUGUAAGUUUGACAAAUGGUUUUUAAUUAUUAUUAUAAAAAUGCCAGACGACGAAUUUGAUGCUGAACCUUUAUUGUGGGCUGAAUCCAAAUCCGAGAGACCUGCUGAAAUUAUACAGCAAAUUAAUUCAAAGAAUGCUAAGCUUAUUGCUUGUGGUCUUGUUCUAAGUUUUAUUUUAUAUCAUGGAGUAAUUCACUUGCGGUAUGGAACAGACUCAUGUACAUGGCUUCUUUCUGAUGGGAGAUACAAGGGUGACAUGGAAUGGCAGCCGUAUGGUUGUAUGUUGCAUCGUUACAGUCAAACGGAUACUCGUCGAUGCAUGCGUUACUUGGCAUUCUACGGCCGACAGAACCGGUUCGUGUUUGUCGGUGACUCGAGGAUCCACGACCUAUACACCGCGUUCUGGGAUCACUUGACCGGCCACGAAUCCAAAACCCAGCACAAGUACCAGUCGCUGGCCAAAUCAUCCAGAAAUUUCACGUUUGUCGAUUAUCAGCUGAAGCUGACCAUCGAAUUUGUUUAUAGCGAAGAUGUUGGACCGAAAAUGCUGUCCAAGUUUCAGAUGUGGCGCAAAGAAACUACACCACCCGUGGUUAUUGUAGCUGGUAGUGGCACUUGGUCAAUCAACAGGUCGAACAAAUCCAAUGCUGCUUUACGUGACUACAGUACUAAUCUCACCAUGCUCGUUCAGAGCAUCGACGAGCUGGUCGAAAAAGGAAGCCGAGUGCUGUGGGUGUUGCAAGAACCUGUCGUCGAGGAUAAGUUGACGCCUUCCCAUGCUGGCAUCACCAAUCAGCAGAUAUACCUCUAUAAUAGGGCGGCCGUUGAUGUAAGUUGA